AUGGAUGGUCAACGGCAGCAGCAAUACAUCCCGGUCCCUCCUCCUUCGGCGACGCAGCCCUCCCAGGCGCAUAUGAUACCUCUACCGCCACCGCCGCCUCGAUACGCCCCAACCCAAUCCCAGAAUGUCAUGCCUCCUCCGCCCCCUGGGCCACCUCCUGGAGCAGGAUACGGUGCAUCCAAACUCACCAAUCCUCAACUGCAGCACCAGAAUACUUUAGGCUGGCAGCAACAGACCUGGGCCAGGCAGGCACUAUCCCAAGGCUUCUUACCUCCCCCGCCGCCCCCUCCUAUGGUCCCUACGAAUCAAUCGCCCUACGGCCGUCCCACUGCUCUCUCGAUACCUUCCUCUACUGAUACCCGAACAUCUGCAACUUACGUCCCGCAACCGGGCUCCUUCGGACCGGGUGUCGGAAUACCGCCGUUUGACGUGCAUUCUGCUCCGGCCUACGAGAAUUCAGGAACCAUGCCAUCUGUUGAACGACAGCGACUCCCCUCCGCUCAGACCUAUGAGUAUCCCACCGGGGAGUCAUCCACAUACAAACGGGACCCCAAUGUACCUUCCACGCCGUCCUCGCGUACUCUCCCUUCGGCAUUAGCAGUCAAUGACGGCUUCCACGAACCAAUGGUGCCGGGAUUUGGGGCCACGACCUCCCAAAAUCACGUACUGCAGCCUGCGCCGACAAAUGAACUUACGAAGUCGCCUAGUCAUCGUCAUAAUAAUAGCAGCACUCUGCUCGGGGGCAUGUCUCCCAACGAAGCGGCCGUUCAAUGGCCACUCGACCGAGUUCUCCUAUGGCUUGCGAGAAAUGGCUUUUCGAAGGACUGGCAAGAAACCUUUAGGGCACUAGAAAUCGAGGGCGCCGAUUUCCUGGAGUUGGGACAUGGCUCAAAUGGCCGGCCGAACCUGGGAAAGAUGCACAACGUCGUUUACCCUCAACUCGCAAAGGAAUGCGAAUUGAGCGGUACAGGCUGGGAUCAGACUCGCGAGCGCGAGGAGGGCAAACGCAUGCGUAAAUUGAUUCGCCAAAUCCACGAGGAUGGCAGCUAUGAUACAGACUACUUGAUGCAGAGACGUCGAGAUUCUCAUCCCAACGCUGCUUUUGACGGAGGGCACGAAGCCUCCCCGAAGGUGCCCCAUGAACCCCGCUCUGCCGGCCCAUUCUCAGGAAGUGUCGCAAACAGUCCGAAAUUCAAGGCAUCCCAGCUGGUCCAUAAUCAGAGGCAGAGUACCCAGAUGCGCUCUUUCACCACGCCCAUACCCGCCAGCCAUGACCCCACGUCAUCCGAUUAUGGUAAUAAUGAAACCGGCACUAUGUGGCCGCGAUCAGACUAUUCUAGGGCGGUCCUGUCAAGCAUCGGUGGGGAACACCAAAGGCAGAGUCCUUCAAUGUCCAGCGAUGGUGGGACUUUCCAAGCUCCCAUACGGCCCUAUGAGGAUAGCCCUAAAAGCGGCAGUCCGGCAACACAGCAUGCCACCCUUGCGCAACCGGGACCAUCCUCAUCGACAGGUGAUUUGAGUGUCAAAUUUGAACACUCUCGUGGGAACAGCGCAGACUCCCUAACUGGGCGCCGGUACUAUGAGUCUUACAGACAGGACAAUGGAGUACGCCCCUCUCCCCAGGAAUCCUAUAAUCGCCACUCUGGCGGAGACACCCCCUCAUCAUACCCGAAGGAUCACCGAACAGGUCUUCUGAACUUUUUCAAGAAGCGAACCAAAGGAAGUGAUUCCACUCACCCCUCUCCUGAAGAACAGUUCCUCGAGUCGCCAACAAGCCCUGUCAAUACACGCCAGAAUGGCUCUCACCUCCCCUAUGCGAAGCCAAAUUUUAGCACUAGCGAUAUGUCGCUGGGUGAACGCCCAUCGUCUGCAUCCAUGUCGGAUCAUGAACGGCUGGUCUUGCGCCAGAAAACGCAAAAGGCCAAGAAGUGGACAUUCGUUACUCUGGAUGGCUGGAAUUAUCGGCUGGUGGAUAUUACUGAAAUGGAUUCCGUUGAGACGCUGCGUUCUGCAAUCUGUCAGAGCCUUGGAAUAUCGGACUGGACUGCGGCCCAGAUCUUCUUGACCGAGCCCGGCCAAACGGAACAUGACGAACCUUUGAAUGACACCAACUUGGCUCUAUGUCGGAGGUCGAGGUCGGACUUUUUGGGCUCACUCAAAUUAUUCGUACGUGGAUCGCACAUGCAACUGGCCACCAAUGGCUUCCCUCACUUUGCAGGGCUGGGAGUUUCUAUCCCAGACAAAGCGACUGCUUCACCAACGUCUGCCCAUCAAGUGCAUAGAAAGCCACUGGAUGAAGAUGCCUUGAACAGGAUCUCACCUCAAACUCAAAAUAAGCCUACCUCACCACAAGUAGCUUCUUCACGGCAACAGCUGAAGGUGUCCUCUGCUAAGCUUCCACGUGACGCGUCGCAAGCUUCUAUUGCAGCUUCUCCCGUGGACCAUGCUGCGGACGGCGGAACAGCUGACGCCGAAAAGGCGGAUUUGCUGGCUCGUCAUGAGGAGCAUAUGCGCGAGGUCGAGCGGAAACAGCGAGCCUAUCGCAUCUCGAAAGUCCCGCCUAUGCCGCAACCGAGGAAGGAUGCCUACGGCGAAACCGGCUAUAGGCGCGAAGGUGUUAUUGAUUUUGACUCUCCCCGCAUAUCGCCUUAUGAAGACAAGAAAUCCGAACCAUUGGUCCCACUUCGCAAACCCCCGACGGCACCACAUGAGUCAAGCACUCUCACGAAGGUCAACUCUUUAAGGAAACGGGACAUUGAUCGUCCUCGUGUCCAAGUUCCUGCGCAGACACACGGACUUGGAGCUGCUCUAGCUAGUGUUGGUAGGAUCACUAGCGCUAUUGGAACACCAAUGCCAUCAGUACCGCCAGCAGCGGGCUCUUUCAGCCCAACUAAGAAUGUGAAGGGAACAUACCAGGAUAGUCAAGCCACACCGACGGCACACAGUGUGCCAUCACCAACCAAGGGCAACACUUCGCCCCCGGAGCCUAGGCCGGGCUUGCAGUCCCGUAAAUCCUACGGACCUGAAUUCGACUUUGAGGAGACGAAAGUCUCAUUCCAACGCUCGCCCUUGCCACAGGAUGGUUCUGACGACGAUUCCGAUGAUGGUCUCUUUGCCAUACCAUUGGCAAAUACCAAAUCGCCUGUGACGGAGAAAGGGUCAUUGACCAGCUCACCCGAAUCGCAAAAGAGAGCAGCAAAGCCAUCUCUCACCUUGAACACUGAAAAUAGACUACGCAAAGGACUUUCUGUGAGCUUUCGGUCGCCGAGUGCUACCCGUGACACUUUCUUAGCGUCUAGCGGCGAUUCAAGCGCCCCGGACGCAUAUCACUCUGAUAUGACUGCUUCGCCGGAAGAAGAAAGGCCCCCACGCAGAGACUCGUUUGCCCGAGGCGAUAUCUGGGCUAGCAGACCUCCUGUUGAGGGCGUUAUCGAUCAUCUCGAUGACUUCUUCCCUGACAUUGACCUUGACACCCCUUAUCUGGAUGGACAGGGCAUGUCCCCACCAUCAUCACCAGCAAGCAAAAUGGCAGCGGAGAACGAAUUGAGCCACGAGGAGAAACCAGACGGUCCGUCUUACGCCAUGCCACAUCCUUCGGCCCCUGUCAACAUUCCCAGCGAACCGCCUGUCAGGCCCCCGGAGCCAGGUGCUGUUGCGCGACGGAAUGUAAGCCGCUCCGGGGGUGGACUUACUCGAAUGAAGUCUAUUCGAGAAGUGGCCAAGGGCGCCAACCGAGCUAGCAGAAACAAAAGUGUGACUUCCUCCACCGGCAGUCAACGAUCGGGUGACAUUCUUCGUCGCAAGAGUACCAAGAUGUUCGGCGCCAAGAUUAUGCAGAUCAGCCCGAAGCCUGGCAGCCGGUUGAGCCAGCUUGACCCUAUUCCCCAGACCCAUGCACCCUCUGGUAACAUUCCCCAACGGCAGCCCACCUUCCGGAUCAUUCGCGGUCAGUUGAUCGGCAAGGGAACCUACGGCCGAGUGUACCUUGGCAUGAAUGCCGACAAUGGUGAGGUCUUGGCUGUGAAACAGGUGGAGGUCAAUCCCCGCAUUGCAGGGCAAGAUACGGACCGAAUCAAGGAGAUGGUCGCUGCGAUGGAUCAAGAAAUCGACACUAUGCAGCACCUGGAACAUCCGAACAUUGUGCAGUAUCUCGGUUGCGAACGAGGCGACCUAUCUAUCUCCAUCUACCUCGAGUAUAUUUCUGGUGGCUCCAUUGGCAGCUGUCUCAGAAAGCAUGGCAAAUUCGAAGAGAGUGUGGUCAAGUCUCUUACGCAUCAGACGUUGAGCGGGCUGGCAUACCUUCAUGACCAGGGCAUUCUACACCGUGAUCUGAAGGCCGACAACAUCCUUCUCGAUCUUGACGGAACAUGCAAGAUCUCCGACUUUGGCAUUUCGAAGAAGACGGACAACAUUUAUGGCAACGAUUCGACGAAUUCCAUGCAAGGGUCAGUAUUCUGGAUGGCGCCUGAAGUCAUUCAGUCCCAAGGCAUGGGGUACAGUGCUAAAGUGGAUAUUUGGUCCCUUGGCUGUGUGGUGUUGGAGAUGUUCGCUGGCCGCCGGCCAUGGAGUAAGGAAGAGGCGAUUGGUGCCAUUUUCAAACUGGGUAGUCUGAGUCAGGCACCUCCUAUCCCGGAAGACGUAUCCAUGAACAUCAGUCCAGCCGCGCUCGCCUUUAUGUACGACUGCUUCACUGUGGAUUCCCUUGAUCGUCCUACGGCGGAGACUCUUCUGACUCGUCACCCAUUCUGCGAGCCUGAUCCCAAGUACAACUUCCUCGACACGGAACUCUAUGCCAAGAUCCGACAUGUCCUUUGA